GGUGAAAGUUCCUCUACCCCUCCACAAGUUAAUGCUAGCACAAGAGACGCAUUUUUCCCGGUGAGUAAGUGAUAACCAUCGACCACAGCAUGGCGCAGAUGGCGUGCAAGCCUCUUACAAGCUCUUCUGUCUUGGAAAACAACAGAUGUUCACCUGCUUUCAGCAGCAAAGCUCCGCAACUUGCAUCAUGCAGAAACACGCCAGCAAGGCAACGAAGGCUGACAGUAAGGGCAGAAGGGGAGUUCAGGGUACCUACACCCCCAAAGAGGGUCACACAGCCACCAGUGCAGCCUGAAGUCCCACCUGCAAAGUUUGGAUUUGUAGAAUCAGCGGAGCGGUUGAACAGUCGAGCAGCCAUGUUGGGCUUCUUUGGUAUUUUGUUGGUGGAGGCUUUGGCAGGCAAGGGCAUCUUUGAGAUGGCUGGCUUCACAGUGGGCAAUGGACUGGGCUUCGAGUUCUGAGAACAGCAUAUAGCACCUUUUUGUAGUGGCGGGAAUGAAUGUUUGCAAUGAGAGAGUGGGAGAAGAUAUGUGAAGAGCUUCUAGCAACUUUGUUGGCAACAUUAUUGCAUGGGCCUGAAAGAUAUAAGAGGAGUAUCUGCCUGCCUGCAGCUUGGUUUUUUCCUUGAUUGUUAUUGGUCCUCACUAUGAUUAGGUUGAGCGAGCGCGCCUUCUGUGCAGCAGAUGCUGCGGUGUGAUGGAGUUUGAUAUUAAGGCAGUGUAUCUGACAAGCUUGCACAGGCUCGAGCAUGCCGCCUCAAUUCAUUGGAUAAGCAGAUAGGGGCUCUCAAGAUUGAAUAGCAAGCUCAAAUGUGGCAGCAAACGAUGGCUUUGGUGCCGCAGACUCCUGAAUGUUGCUCUUGUAAAU